UCCGUCACUCGCGCAUGCCUAAAUCUGCGCCAACUUUACCCGUUCGCUUUCUAACGAGACAUUUGAAUCAACUCGCUUCAAUAUACUCUUAUCAUCAUGUCCGAAGACGGCGCGCCGCCUACAGAAUCGGCAACACAAGCAGCAUCGCCUCCCUCGAUACCCCGCUAUUUUCGGAAUGAUGCGCCGUUGGCACGACGAGAUCCUCACAAGCAACUGCUAGCGUCAUUGGAUCGACUGAUUACCGACUAUCCUCCGCAUCAUGUACCCCCAGGCGGUGGUUUAUACUACGGACCGAUUUCAGUGGCCUACCUCUUCUAUGCCCUGCACAACAUAUACCCGGAUCUUAAGCUGGAUGACUACCCCUUGAACACAUGGUCUGCGGCUUACAUCGAACAAGCACAGGCUCAUAUCAAGGAGUUCCCGCCUCCGUCUCCCAAGAAAUGCGGUAUCUCCAACGACAUCAUGUCUCUGCUUGCCCUGUACGCCGUGACUGCGCAAGAUCCAGACACCGUGAAGGAGCUUUGCGAUCAUGCUGCAGUCAUGCUCGAGGAUGAGACCUCCAAUGAAUGGCUAUACGGUCGUGCUGGCUAUCUCUAUCUCCUCCGCUUGGUUCGCGGGGCGUUCGCUCACAACAAGGACGUGACUGAGCUGAUCGAAGACACGGCCGAUGAGGUCAUCGAGAACAUCAUGCAAAGCCCGCGUCCCUGGAAGUGGCAUGGGAAGGCAUACGUGGGUGCCGUUCAUGGCGCAAUCGGUAUCAUUACACAGAUCGUACUCACCGACCCUUCCUGGGCGUCUAAGCUGGAGGCCGAACUAGGUGCCUUGCUCAGCUAUCAAUACGAGAGCGGCAACUUCCCGUCAUCCCUCCCACCAGGUCGUGACAAGCUUGUUGAAGUCUGUCACGGAGCACCAGGUGUAGUCAACUCCAUUCUCUCAAUCAGAAAAUACUUCCCGGGACUUCAGGAACGCAUUGAUCGUGUUGUCGCAAAAGCUAGAGAAUGCAUCUGGGAAAGAGGCCUGCUCACCAAGGAGCCAUGUCUCUGUCACGGCAUCACAGGAAACGCUCUUGCUCUGGACGGGAAACAAUUCGAACACUUCUUGACGUACACCACAGGUCACGAGAUCAAGUCCAUGGCCAAAGACGGUAUGCUCGAGAAAUCGGAAGAUCCAUCUUCCCUGUGGUGCGGCGAGGCAGGUCGUGCCUGGGCUUGGGCAGUCGCGGACAAAGAUCUAGACAAGACACUUCUCGGAUAUAACGACAUCUAGACCCUCGGUCCGAAACUUCCAGCAGUUCGACUGGCACUUUGAUGAUACACACGAUAUAAUGAACGAGAUCACCGCCAGACUAUCGAGCGUUUUGCGCAUGUGGUCCGAUGCGGAAUACUUGUAUGAGGAUGCACAACGCAGUCAGCUACGGCUAACGGCACGAAUGACCUGUAUUAGCGUCUCAAUUAGGAGCCAUUUAAAUCAGCAAUCAACUAUUUCCGGAUUCUUGCAACGUUCUACCAUCAUGUAUGCGUAUCAGUUUACCUUAUUCCCCACCAUCGGACGCCUUAAGUAUCCGCUAGGCGAGUCGGUGCCUUGUGAGCCUCAAACGGCACAAAAGAUUAAUGGAAAAGCUAGGAUUGUAGAGACUUUACUCGCGACA